GAGUCUAAUACGCGACAUCACAUUAAACAAAGCGUCUAAUAAUUCCAUUGGAAAGAGGAGUAAGAAAUGGUUAGAGAGAACCCUAUGAAACUUUAACAGAAGACGGUUACAGAAGAGAGCACGAUACGAUAUGACAUAAUCAUCUGAAGCGUUAAAUAAACAUUAGGGAAGAGAGAGAGAGAGAGAGAGAGAGAGAGAGGCACAUCAGCACAUGGAUAAACAAACAUAAACGAUAAAGCACAGGCUAGAGCCUCUCCAUUCGUUUUCCAGGCACAAACAAACAUCAUCGUAACCGUUUCACACUUUCUCAGUGAUGGAACACUACACGCUUCCAGCACCACCCUGCACCCAACCCCAACACCAAGACCACAUUGCCAAUGCCAUCAUCGCCAUCGACGCUCACGCUCCCUAUAAAUCCACGCUUCAACCUCCCUACUUCAACUUCAACAACAUCAACAUCGCCAUGGACUCUUUCCCCCCUCUCGACCCCUUCUCACUUCCUUAUCUCAACAAUAACAUCCCCUUUGACUCCUCUUUCGACUUCGCCCUCGACACUUCCCUUCCCACUCCCCCUCCUAAUCUCUUUUCCCAGGCCCACUCUAGCUUCGACUUCACGGAACUCGAAGCGCUGACUGGGCCUGGGACUGGGACUGCUGCUGUCCCGUUUGCGGACGGGACACCAGCAGCAAAGACGCUUUUUGAGAGGCGGGGGGCGGCGGAGAUUCCCGGGCUGGAGACGGUGAGGCGGACGGGGAGGAAGUGGGAGGAGGGGGAAGGCGAGGAUGGGAGUAGCGUUGACUUGGAUGCUUCGGGGUUGAAUUAUGAGUCUGAUGAGGGGAAUGGUGUGAAGGGGAGUGAGAAUAAUAAUGGUGGUGGGGAUAUCAAGGGCAAGAAGAAGAAGGGUCUUCCUGCUAAGAAUCUCAUGGCGGAGAGACGCCGCAGGAAGAAGCUCAAUGAUAGGUUGUACAUGCUCAGGUCUGUUGUCCCCAAGAUUAGCAAGAUGGACAGGGCUUCAAUACUUGGGGAUGCAAUUGACUACUUGAAGGAGUUGCUGCAGCGGAUUAAUGAUCUUCAUAAUGAACUGGAGUCAACUCCACCUGGCUCGUUGCUGCCACCUUCUACUUCUACAAGCUUUUACCCUUUGACACCCACUCCAUCAACCCUUCCUACCCGGGUCAAGGAUGAACUAUAUCCUGGUGCCUUGCCAAGUCCUAAAAACCAAGCUGCAAAGGUUGAAGUUAGAGUAAGAGAAGGCAGAGCCGUCAACAUUCACAUGUUUUGCACCCGCCGACCAGGUCUUUUGCUUUCUACCAUGAGGGCUUUGGAUAACCUCGGAUUGGAUGUACAGCAGGCUGUUAUUAGCUGUUUUAAUGGCUUUGCUUUGGAUGUGUUCAAAGCUGAGCAAUGCAUAGAAGGCCAGGAUGUGCUCCCCGAGCAAAUUAAAGCUGUGCUAUUGGAUUCAGCAGGAUUCCACCAUGGAAUGAUGUGAUUGAAAUGAUAAACGCUUCCCCCUUAUAGAGGAACCAACCGUAGUUGCUGUAGCUUGCAGUUUGUAAAUUCAUUGCUUCUUGUUCUCCUUUGUAAAGGCCUUCCUCUUUAGGCCCAGAUCAAAUAGGUUAGCUAAAUCUGUAGGUUGAGGAGUUAGCUUUGGUAUUUUUCUCAAUCGUGCUUUUCACAAAAGCCAACUUAUGUUGUUAACUUUAUUAUUAAGCGAUGCAAUAAAUUGUUUAUUUCUUAUC